AUGCUUCUCAUAGCUUUCCGACCCCUGCUCGGUCUCUUCACUCUGUCCGAGCCGCCAAUCAGCGAGGCGGAAUGGUGGUUCUACUUAGGUCUUUCCGCGUUUCUCGUCGUGUUCGCGGGCCUAAUGUCCGGCCUGACGCUCGGCCUGAUGUCGCUAAGCCUUGUGGAUUUAGAGGUGCUGGUGCAGAGCGGCACGGAGGAUGAGCAGCGGCAGGCGGCGGCGAUUAUCCCCGUAGUGGAGAAACAGCACGAGCUGCUGGUCACGCUAUUGCUGUGCAACGCCGUCGCUAUGGAAGCCCUGCCGGUGUUUCUCGAUCGCCUGGUCCCUCCAGCCGUCGCCAUUGCUCUCUCCGUCUCCUUCGUGCUGCUCUUUGGUGAGGUGAUUCCCCAGGCUGUGUGCUCGCGCUACGGGCUGGCAGUGGGCGCCAAUCUCAUUCCCCUCGUGCGCUGCCUCAUGCUUCUCUGCUGGCCCAUCUCCUUCCCCAUCGCCAAGGUGUUGGACUAUCUGUUGGGGCAUGACGACCCGCUCUUCAGGCGCCAGCAGCUCAAGGCACUCGUCAGCAUCCACGGUGCUGAGGCGGGCAUGGGCGGGGAGUUGACUCGCAGCGAGACCACCAUCAUCAGCGGUGCCCUUGACCUCACACAGAAGACAGCAGAGGAGGCGAUGACCCCCAUAGAGUCAACCUUCUCUCUCAGUGUCAACUCACGACUCGACUGGGACACGAUGGGGCGCAUUCUAGCGCGUGGGCACAGCCGCGUGCCGGUGUACCGGGGCCAUCCCAGCAACAUCAUUGGCGUGCUGCUCACCAAGACGCUGCUCACCGUUCGCCCCGAGGAUGAGACCCCCGUCUCCUCCAUCUCCAUCCGCCGCGUCCCCAGGAUGGCAGGGAGCAUGCCGCUAUACAAUGUGCUGAACGAGUUCCAGAAGGGCAGCUCCCACAUGGCCGUGGUCAGCAACCAGCAGCAGGAGCCCAGGACCCCUCCCCCCCAGGGGCAAGCACAAGGCACUGUGUUUCGAGGGGCAUCCACUGGGGACUCGCCGCUGCAACGGUCGCUCACUCCCCCUCCUGGUCAUUACCAUCAGCAUUAUCACUUUGAGCGCCCCAGAACGCCCCCGCCAGUGCUGCUGGCAGCGGAAACAGCUGCUCUGGCGACGGGAGGGUCCCCCGCUGCUGCUGCCUUCGCUGCUGCUGCUGCCAGUGUUGGGUACGAGCAUGCUCAUGGGAACGCUGCUGCUGCCAGUGUUGGGUACGAGCAUGCUCAUGCACCUGCCAUGGCAGAGUCAGGGUUGGGACAAGUGCAUAUGGCACCACAUGCACCGAAGCGAGUGCAGUGGCAGGAGCACACCGGCAUGCCUCGUGCUAGCACGUCUGUGGGAUCUUCAUCUGGUGCACAUGGAGCAGUAGGAGCAGGGGGAGCGGCAGGAGGAGCAGCAGGAGGGGGGCCAGCAGGAAGGGGGGCAGGCGGAGGGGCAGGAGGGGGAGCAGGGGGUGCAGCAGUGGGCGGAGCAGGGGAGGAGGGGGAGAGUGUAGACGUGGAGGAGAUAGUGGAUGAGACUGAUGAGUACAUCGACGUUCACCGACGCAUCCGUGUGGCAGCCAAAGUGGGGCUCAACAUCAUGCCCAGACGAAUCCCCUCGUCCUCCCGCAUGCUUGCCAACUCCUCACACAACCUGCAAGGCCUGGUUCGCCCAGAUGCUCGUUCCAACCCGCCAGAUGUCAACUCGGCAUUUGCUGCUGCUGCUGCUGCUGACUUUUCGGCUCUUUCCCGCACACCCCCUGGAGGGGCCAUGAGCGCCCCUACAGACUCUGGCAUCACUCAGCCUUUGCUUGAAAGAACCUGA